AUGGUAGAUGGCAUGAAACGUGGACCUGCAAGUGUCAUCGCUGGCUACAUCGAUGAAUUAAAGGGUACGUGGUAUUCGAUUUUAUUUAUCGAGCGUCCUCGAGAGCGCUCCUCUACGCAUCGAAAACGGAAGAAUGAGAAUGGAGGGAAUGACGAGUCAUUAUGGAGAGUAUAUUCAGGAGUUUGUGCCGAGCCUAUGAAUCGACCGAAGUCUGUUUUUAUGUGGGGUCCUUCUAGGACUGGGAAGACGAUCUGGGCCCGAUCCCAUGGCCGGCAUAUUUAUUGGAUGGAGAAGAUGGAUCUGGCCACAUGGGAUGACCAGGCACAAUACAUUGCAUUGGAUGAUUUUCCGUGGGAGUUUAUGCCGGGGAAGAAGAGUUUCCCUUUUGGCGGUAGUGCGCGAAACAGUGGGAGUUUACUCUGA